AUGCCGCCACCAACUCUCCCUACAUCAUCGGCAGGAAACUCUAGUCCACCGUCAAAGAAGAAGUUACGCGAGCUGAAACUUCGCGCGGAUUCGCUUGUGGAUGUACUGAGUCCUACACUGGUGCGGUGUCUCAACUGCGGCACAACAAUCAAGCUCUCCUACAAGAGCGACUACGACGCGUCGCAUUGGACAAGACACCGCGGAAGAUGCUUGAAGAAGACGAAAACACGCGAGACGCCGAAAGAAACGCGUGUUAGCCUCCCAGUUCAGUCGUCGCCCCAUGACGGCAAUUCGUCUUCACCUGGAUCUUCUCGUGCUGCAACGCCAGAGGCAGAGGACAAGAGCGAGUACCAAUCCGUGCCAAUCAACUACGCCGACUUGACGCAGCGCUGGAAAUCGUGGGACUGGUCUCAACUGCGUUCUUCCUUCAUCGUCCCCAACUCUCCUUGA